UUUGCAUACCUGAGCACCCUGAGCAGCUGCCGUUUCCUGUCGGUGCAAGAGAAGGCUGCAGUCUCGGGGGAAACAGGAGCAGAGAAGACAAUCUGUCACCACCCGCCUUGCCCGAGAGGAAGCAGCUCGGAAAAGGACUCCCCCAGAGUGUUCCCAGCUCGCACAGCCCAGCCUAGAAGGCAGGAUGGUGAAAUGGGCCCUUCUACUGGUGCUCGGGGUGGCCAUAGCCACCACCCCGUCACCUCCGCCAGGGACACUGAGCUACAAGGAGGCUGUCUCCCGCGCUGUAGGCCUCUACAACCAGAGGGCAGCUGGGGACUCUCACUUCCGGCUCCUGCGGGCAGACUCUCCGUCUGGCUGGGACGGGAACUCUCCAGGUGUCCGAGAGCUGCACUUCCUCGUGAAAGAGACGGUGUGCCUGGGGUCGGAGAGAGCUGCGAUGGAGGAGUGUGACUUCAAAGAGGAUGGGCGGGUGAGGCGCUGUUCUGGAUACGUCUCUUCCGAGCAGUGGCCGGCCACCAUCCUGAUCACCUGCGACCCGGCAGCCGAGGCGCCUGCUCGGGUCCGGCGGGCCAGCUGUGGAAGGCCUUACAAAACUCGGAGGCAGCCCACCAGACACGUUCGCCGCCACCACCGCAUGACAGCAGGGAGAAAGUGAGAGUCAAAGGCCAUCCGGGGAGGAAGACACAAACAUCCUCAAACAGCCUUGCGGCAACUGGUGCUCCAGGUGCCGGAGCCGGCUCCAUCCUGCCCCUUUCAGCCACCGUCUAAUAAACAGCCAC